AUGAUGAAGAUUAGAUCAUUUUUUCUGCAUUUUCUAAUUCCCAUUGUAUUUUCAUUUGGUUUUAUUACUACGUGUGCUGGUGAAAAUGUAAAAAAAAGUGUUGAUGAUAAUAGAGAUGACAACGGCGAAACAAACGAUGAGUCCAAAGACGAAUCCCUGGACAUUCCCGUUGAAAGUGAACCCAACAAUAUUACGUGCACAAGAAGACAAAAUAGUCAAAUGCAUGAGUUACUGGCGGCAGGUCAUCAGCAAUUUCCAUUCAUGGCCGCUAUAAUGUCUCAACAAAACGAAUACUUGUGUUCUGGUGUAGUGGUCGCCAAUGGAUUAAUAUUAACAACAGCGCAGUGUACUCAACAACCACUAAGUUACAUUCUAUUAAAUACAACAACUGAUAAAAAAGACGACACGACUGUGUCUCUCCACGUGAUAAAAACUGAACGAUUCCCCACUUUUACUGGAACGGACUCUCUAAAAGACGUUGGUAUUGUGUAUACGGAGAAACACAAUAAUAGUAUCGCAACCAAAAUAGUUCUUAGCAAUUACACUAAUCCUCGCAAUGUCCUCGACUUGGAAGGGAUAGGAUUUGGAUUAAACGCUGAUGUUGGACAAACGAAAGAGCUGCAGUAUGUUGGCAUGGAAAACCGUUCACCAGAAGAAGUAACAGACGUUUUGAAAGUCUAUUUUGACUGCGUUGAAACUAAGGUAACAACGUGUUUCAAAGAUACUGGUGGCCCAGUUUUGUAUGAUAAGGAGCUUAUGGGUAUUGUCAUAAAAGGUCAAGAUGAAUGUUCAAAAGAAAUGUCAUCCACGUACGCUGUAAACAAAAGGAUGGCUGAUGUUUUACCGACUUAUGCUUUUAAGGCGUGGCUAGAUGAAAAAAUAAAAAAGAAUGAUGAACAAGAACAAGUUGCGCUAGUGGCUUAUCCGGGACAACCAGUUAGAAGGUCACUUUUAAACGACGGUCUUCAUAAGUUCACAAGUUCGAGAGUAGAAAUCAUUACGUCAACUCCAGCGCAUAUUUUUACAGGAUUUGUGUGUGUCUUUGCACUUUAUUGA